CAGCUCAUUGAUUGUGUUGAUAGGCCCACAGCUCCGACACGAUACUGUGAGCUAGGUCAUACUGCCGGUGUAUCUUAUAGAAAUGACAGAAGCCAGACCAAACCUGACCUACGUUGUCGCAGUGGCUGCGGGCGCAGGACUGGUGACCUUAGGCCUCUACUGGUUGAGGAAACAUUGCACAUCGUGUAAGAACCUGCCUAUCAACCCGUCCAUCAGGAAAAAUGAAGCCAAAGUCAGUGACGUGUUUGACAUCGAAGAUUUAUUAAAAACCAUUGAACCUGGAGGGAAAAUUAGCUUGUGCCGGUGCUGGAGGUCAAAAAAGUGGCCAUACUGUGAUGGAGUCCAUAAAGAACACAACAAAUGUUCUGGUGACAAUGUGGGACCAGUGAACAUAGUGAGAAAAAAGGCUGCUGACAGUUGAUUCUUAGUUAGCUUAGAUUAAAAUAACUAGCAAU